UUCCUCGAUCUCUCCCCUCUCAUCACUCUCUCUCUCUCUCUAAAACCCUCGCUUUGCUUUCUCUCUCUAGAACCCCAAAAUUCCGUCCCAGUCGUUUCAGGUUCUUCCAUUCUACUGCGACCUGCCAGCUAUACGUACAGCUUCGUGUAUGUAUCUGCUGCUAAACGGAUUUCGGAUUUUGCUUCAAUCGGUUGUUGAUUUUACGAGAUGGAUGAGGGGUUAAGAUCCAGUGAUUUUUGUAAGGAAGGGAGAGUGGAGUUAGAUUUGAAUGUGGAGCCCGUUGAGGAAGCGGAGGAUACGGUGAUCACAACUGACCAUGAUUCUCAGCAGAGGUGUGAUGUUCAUUCCCUGGGAAAUAAGGCUGAAGAGAGGGAAUGUGUGGCUGGUGGUGCUGGAUGCCAAGUAAAUGCUGGUGCUGAUCAUGGGGCAGGGUUGGCUGCCACUAUGUGUGUUGAAGAGCCAGAAGUGAUGCAAUGUGAUAUAGAUGCUGAUGCUUCUGUUUUUCCAGAUGGUGCAGCCAGUGAAGGUAAUUUGGAUGACGGGGGAUUGCCCAUGGUCUCUGAUAAGGAAGGAACAAUAACUGAAGUUGUCCUGAGAUGUAUUAAAUCAGAAGAUGAUGGAAAAGAUGUAGGCAUAGUGAAUGUUGAGGGUUCCAAUUUGCAUGGUGAUUCUAAUGAAGGUGGGCAUGUGGUCCAAAAGAAACGAAGAGGGAGGAAAAGAAAAAACAUCGAAAAUUUUCAAUGUCACGACGAUGAAGUCAAACGAAAGAAAGACAACCAUUUACCUUCGCCUGGCAGUACCGGAAAUGUUGGAAGGGUGUUGAGGUCCAGGGUGAUUGGUAUAAGUCAAGCAGGGCCUCAGCUUAGUGGAGAGAAUUUGGGUGUUGCUGCUUUGGAAAUAAAAAAGGAAACUCAACAGCCUGAGGUUGAUCAAUCAGAAAAACCAUUUAUGGCUAAGAAUACUGAAAUUUCUCCACCAUAUGGUAGGGGUAGGAAAAAAGUGAAGGGUCGUCGUGGUCGGCCUCCCAAGAUCCCCAAAAAUGAUGUACUUGCUCCACCAAUCAGUAAGGACCUGAAAAAGGUGAAGCGUCGUCGUGGUAGGCCCCCUAAGAUGCCUAGCAAAGAUGGUGCUUCUGAAAUAGAUGUUUCCCAGAAAGAUAGAGUAAUUGAGUCCAAGGGAAGUGUUAGGCAUAAAAAGGCUGGAAAUGUAAUUAAGAGAUCUAAGUUUUCCAAGUCACAAUUGGAAAGUGCUGAGCUACAGCUUGUCAAUGAUGAAACUGUAGAGGAUAAGAAGUCCUUGAAAUCUAAAGAAGGGGAUAAGGGUCGUAGGAUACAACAGCAAGCAGUUAGAGAUCAAAUAGUGGAUAUUCUAAAGAAGGCAGGAUGGACUGUGGAAUAUAGACCCCGGCAAAGCAAGGAAUACAGUGAUGCAGUUUAUGUGGAUUGUGAUGGAAAAACACAUUGGUCAUGCACUUUGGCCUAUAGGAAACUCAAAGAGAAAGUUGAAAAUGGAGAUGCAGAUGAUAAGACCCUCUCUGCAUUUACUGUCAUUCCAGAAGAGGUACUUGGAACACUGUUCAGAACUAGACAAAAUAAGAUAAAGAAGUUUAAAAAGCAGAGUGGAAGUGAAAGUGACAAGAAAAAGAACAUCAAGGCGCCUUCUUCAUACAGUGACAAGGUUAUACGCCGCCAAAAAUGCAAAGAAAAAUUAAAUGCUAAUCCCAAAUUCAAAGACAAAUUUCUAAGGAAAAAAACCAAAGCCAAUGCACAUAGUCGUGAUGAUGAUCUUUCAAUGAAGGCAUCAAACAGGGGAAGGUCAAGAUCAAAAAAAGAUGGACGUAAUAGAAAGCGAUAUGCUUUGUUGGCCCGUAGAUCUGGGGAAAUGUCUGAUCAAGAUGGUGAUGGAUUUGUGUUGUAUGAUGGAAAGCGAAGUCUUCUCUCAUGGAUGAUUGAUUUUGGAACAAUUCAAUCCAAUGCACAAGUGCAGUACAUGAAUGCUAGGAGGACAAAAGUAAUGCUUGAGGGAAAGAUUACUGGUGAUGGUAUUUGCUGUGGCUGCUGUGAUCAAACAUUUACACUUUUAGAUUAUGAGUCUCAUGCAGGAAGUACAUUAGGUCAGCCACUUGAACAUAUAUGCCUAGCCUCAGGGCGUUCUCUUUUACAAUGCUUAGCGGACUCAUGGAGCAAACUGGAAAAAUCUGAAAAUAUUGAUUUCCAUCCUGUGGAUGUGGAUGCCAAUGACCCAAAUGAUGAUACAUGCAACAUCUGUGGAGAUGGUGGUGACUUGAUCUGUUGUGAUGGUUGCCCAUCAACAUUCCAUCAAAGUUGCUUAAAUAUUCAAAAUUUACCUUCUGGGAAUUGGCGAUGCGUAUAUUGUUCAUGCAAAUUCUGUGGCACUGUUGCUGGAAAAUCCUGUGAUGUUGAUGACCACAUGAUUGUCCCUGAAUUAUCCAUGUGCCAUUUGUGUGAGGAAAGAUUCCAUGUUGCUUGUAACCAGGGUGAGAAUAAUUUGGAUUCCAAGGAUAUGUCAUUUUGUGGAAAGGGGUGUGAGAAGCUUUUCGAGGGCCUGCAGGUGCUUCUUGGGGUCAAGCAUGACUUGGAUGAAGGAUUUUCAUGGACAAUUCUUCAAAGACGUUUUGUUGGGCAGGAUGUAAUAGGAAGCGCUAACUCAUUAAAAAUAGAGUGCAAUUCAAAAUUAGCUGUUGCAUUCUCUGUUAUGGAUGAGUGUUUUAUGCCAAUUGUUGAUGAGCGAAGCAAAAUCAAUAUGAUCCAGAAUGUUGUCUACAACUGUGGAUCAAAUUUCAGGAGGCUGAAUUAUUGUGGCUUCUAUACUGUUAUUCUGGAGAAGGGUGAUGAACUUGUUGCUGCUGCAUCCAUAAGGUUACAUGGGAAUCAGUUGGCUGAGAUGCCAUUUAUUGGUACAAGGUACAAAUAUCGUCGCCAAGGGAUGUGCCGUCGGCUUAUUGGAGCAGUUGAAACAGCCCUUUGUUCACUUGGAGUUGAGCAACUGGUUAUACCAGCUAUACCAGAACUUAUUGAAACAUGGACAAAGAUUUUUGGUUUCACACCCCUUGAAGAGUCAAAGAGACGAGAAAUGACGCGCAUGAGCAUGAUUGUUUUCCCUGGCACGGAUAUGCUGCAGAAACCUCUAUCGAAGCAUCAAGAUACUAAUGAUCAUAUUACAUCUACUGAGGCAGCUUCAUCCGAGGUCGAUCUCAACAAAAAUGUAGUUACUGUUGAGCCUGUCGAAUCCUGUGUAAAUUCCUCUCGUGGCUUCUUGCAAGAUGCAUCCGACAUGAAAACUGGCUUCGAAUCUUUCAUACCAAAGGAAGCUCUCAGGGUCCAAUAGGUUGUAACUUCUCAGGGUAACUUGCUUCGGCUUUUUGAGCUCCGAGAUCUUGUGAUUUAUUGCAAAAUUUGUACAUAAAGAUUUGUUACUGGAGGGCUUCGCUUGCCAGCACUGAUGUCAAGGAUGGACUAUGCGUUGGACUAACCUACAUUUAAUGACAUAGAUCUUGGCAGAACAUGUGAAUACCUAACUGCUUAAGGUGAUGGAAGAAAUCAUUUAUUUUGAAGGUAACAUCUGGUCUCAAGUGCCUGCUAAAUUGCAACCAUCUUUUUGUUUUUCCAAUUGAAAAAUGUAUGGUUUCAGUUUCUGUUAAGUGUUGCAGAGAGUAAUUGUUUGUAACAUGUCUGAUUCUGAUGGCUGAUUGAGAUCUGUAAUCUUAGUGGCAUUAGCAGUCAAAGCUUAAUGUUUUUCUAAGUGACAAAUUCAAUGGGAUUUUGUAGUCUCAGACAUUGUGUUAAGUAAUAACUAUGGUGUCUGGCAGUGUCCUCA